CAUUUAUUCUCUUUACCUUUGUUUUUUUUUUUAUAUUAUUAUUAUUAUUUUUUUUAAUUGAGCUGAUGUAUUAUUAGGUGAAUCUGAAAAUAUUAUAGCUUCCUAUGAACAACUUUCAGUCUGAAUAUAUUGACUGGCUGAACAAAGCCACAUCACGCUCAGGAGAUCUGUCCAUCAAAUCUUGUGAACAUUUCUAAAGAUCAUAAGAGUCAGAAACAGCUAAGUGUAUCAACAUCAAACUUCCAUCAGAAGAUGGCUACGCCACGGGAUCUUUUAAGGAAAUUGCAUGCAUUUCUAAAACAACCUGAGGGUUUCAUCGCUUUUCCUUUGAGCCUUCUGUUAUAUGGAUUGGAGAAGUUGAUUGAAAUCAUCUUCUCAUGCCCAUGCACAGUCAACCUUAAUAAAAAACUAACAGCAUCCAUCUUCAUUGGACCUGCUCUUUUUAGUUUUGCUUUAAUGUUCCUCCUUUUAAGGCCUUUUAGACAUGGACUUUGUUUGUUUGCAAACGAUGAAACUCAACAGAGCUGUCCUACAGCUUUUGCGCCUUGUCUGAUUCUGCCUGUAAUGUGGAGCGUCUUCUUGUUACUUGAUGGCGAUUAUGUUGCUUGUGCCAUGACAGACUGGAUGGGAGUGUAUGUGUUUGAUGAUGAGCUGAACAGGUUCUGGUGUAAACCCACUGCGGAGAUGUAUGCAAAUAAGACCGAGCUGCGAGAUCAGACUCGCGAAUUUAUUCAUGAAUCUCAGUUUUUAGGUUAUGUUGUGCUCGCAGUCUAUAGUGUUCUGGUGAUUAUCGUAGUGGGUAUUUAUGACUGCUUCAGUGGAAAAACCUAUGACUCUUCAAAUGUAUUAUUAGAGCGCUCUAGACAAAACGAAUCUGGCAGUCUUGGUGGCCUAAAGAGACCUCAGUUAAAGAAGCACCAACGACGGAGAAAGGGGCGCUUCCACCCCCGACACCUCUGAAAUCCACCUCCUACAACACCAUCCUUGUCAAAAACAGCCCUGAGUACUGCUCAAUACUGGAUCCUUCCUCCAGUACUAUAGAGACAAGUCAUUUGAAUUGACCUUGUAAUGACAUAACAAAUGAAGAUCUGUCAGUUUUUCUCUGGUUUCUUCAGCAACAUACUUAGCCAUUUCGCUGUAUGAGAAGCUGGGAGGGAUGUUUGAUACAGUAAGUUUAAGAAAUAGUUACCACCCCCCACCCCCAAGAAUGUGAGUAACCAAACAGUUGCUGGUCCCCAUCUAGUAUUUUUGUUCACAUUUUAUUUUAAGAUUCAUUUCUUGCUAUUAACAUACCAUUAACUAUGACUCUUGCCUUGAUAAACUCCUAAUUAAUAAUUAAUAAUAAAUAGUUAGUUAGGUAAUUGUUAGGUUUAGUUAUUGGAUAGAAUUAGGGAUGUGGUCAUGCAAAAUAUGUGCUUUAUAACUAUUACUAAAGAGGCAAUGUGUUAAUAACAGGAAUGUUAAUAAGCAAGUAGUUAAUGGUUAGAAUUGGUUCCUUUACUAAAGUGUUACCGUAUUUUAUUUAUUUAUUUCAGAGUCCAGAGAAGCUCAGCAACUGUUUGUUUGCCAACAUUCUGUAAAAUAUCUUCUUUUGAUUAUAUAAUAUUAUUGUUGCUGUAAUUUAUUUAAAAUACAUUUUG